CCCAUCAGCCGACAGAGAAGACGCAGUUCAACCGACUCUCGUCCUUCGUAUAAACAUAUGGCAAAAACAGCCUUCUUUCUUUCUUUCAUCGUUGUGCCCACUACUCUUUAAAAAUUCCGCCGAAAAAGAGAAGACGAUUUUCCAAAACAUUCUGGCCGUUAUCUCACGGCUCCCCUGUCUCUGCACAGGUGUAUGAGCGCUACCCAGAGGGCCUAGGGGCGGCUCUUUACCGGGAGCACUUUGACUUCAACGCUGAGCCGCCUUGGGAUCCUAGCUGAUAGCAGGACAGGUCCAUCUCCCGACUUGUCCAUUUUGUUGCAUACCGGCAGGACCCAUUGGCUCAGUCGUGACCCUUGACUUGCUUAUCUGAUCUUUAUGAUUGUCGGCUUAGCGGAAUACGGUUGAGAUGAAAGGACUCGCUGACAAACCCAGCUACAUCAUUGAACUCCUGGAGGGAGGAGUGACUCUUGAUGAUGUCAUUGAUGGACACAUCUGCGAACAGACUCUGGUGGAGAAGAGUGCAUUUGUGGUGGGGGACCUUGGUGCCCUGAUGCAGCAGCAUGUGUGCUGGCAGAGUGUGGUGCCACAGCUGCAGCCGUACUACCCAGUCAAGUGCAACAGCAGCCCCGCUGUCAUUGAAGUGCUAGCCUCCCUGGGCCUUGGCUUCGUUUGCACCAACAAGGCUGAAAUGAGCUUGGUGUUGGAGCAUGGUGUAUCACCAGAAAACAUCAUUCUGUCUGGUGUGUGCAAGCAGCUGGCACACAUCAAGCACGCUGCCAAGAACAACAUUCAGCAUCUUGUGUGUGAAAAUGAGGCAGAGUUGUCCAAGAUUUCCCGCCUGCACCCCAAUGCAAAGUUGCUGCUGCAAUUAAGCACCAAGGCCCACGCAGCAGAGACCAGCAUGGCCUUUGGCUUCUCUCUGAAGAGUUGCCGACACCUGCUGGAAGCAGCCAAGGAGAUGGGGGUCCAAGUGGUUGGGGUUACGUUCCAGAUCCCCAGCUCCUGCCAGGACCUGCAGGAAGCCUACACCCAUGCACUGUCAGAUGCCCGCUGUGUGUUUGAUAUGGGAGCGGAUCUGGGCUUUAACAUGAACAUCCUGGACAUUGGUGGUGGAUUUACUGGCUCAGAGUUUCAGCUCAAACAGGUUGAGUCUGCAGUCAGGCCGUGGCUGGAUGCGUACUUCAGCCCUCUGUCUGGUGUUCAAGUGUUGGCCCAGCCUGGCAGCUUCUACGUGGCCUCGGCAUUCAGCCUGGCUGUCAAUGUGAUCGGCAAAAAGGCAGCAGCUCCUCAAUGGGACAGCCUCACUCAAAGCGAGAACAAUGAAGAUGCAGAGUUCCUGUACUACAUGAAUGAGGGUGUUUAUGGUCCAUUCAGCCGCAAGCUGUUGGGAAACACCAUCACUGCCCCGUCUGUACACAAGCAUGCGCUGUGUGCCGAGGAGGCGGUGUAUCCCAGCAGCCUGUGGGGCCCAUCACUGGACCAACUGGACUGUGUGGUGGAGCGCUGUCUGUUGCCUGAACUCAGUGUGGGGGACUGGCUUCUCUUCUCUAACAUGGGGGCGUGCGGCCUGGAGGAGUUAAGCUCCUCCCAGCUGCCCGUUUAUUACACUGUCUCCACCUGUGACUGGUACGAAAUGCAGGAGGCCGGUGUGGCUCUGGACAGCGCCGUGAAGAAUUUCUCCAUGGUCCAGUACAGUGCGUAACUACCCUCUGCUCCUGUCCCAUAUUAUAUUGCACGUCCUCCUUAGCCUCUGCUUUCACCAUGUGAGAAGAGGGGUCAGUGGGGCAUAUGGGACAGGGCGCUAAAUAUGGUCAACAUUCCAGCCACGUUGGAAAAUGCAGUGUGUCCGAUUAUUUCUUCCAGGAAUUUGACUUUUUUACCUCUCAAAAUUGAUUAAACAUGGUUGCAGAAUACCUCAAAUAUCUAAAAUCCAAUCUGGAAGAUAAAACGUCUCGAUUUCACUCCUCCCUCUCACGGACUCUGAAUAGUUGUCAGCUUCAAGAACUCUAGCCCAAGCUCAAAUGACAUUAUGCAACAAAAUGGACGACUCUUUGGAGAUGGGACCCCUCAACGUGUUUGGGGUGGUUUUUGUUUCCUAAAUCAAAUCCAGUUUACAAAAUGUACAAUUAAUUUGAAUCAUGUUCACUAUUGAUUACCUGUUGACAGUUGUGUAAAUCCUGUGUCCGAUCGACUCCAAUACAUUUGUCUGUAGAUGAUUUUUGAAGUGUUUAAAGAAUCAAUGCCUCAUGUGGAUUCUGUACUGCAGACCCUUCACUUUGCAUAGUUUAAACAGAAAUUAAGAUAAUGAUGUAACCUCUUUCUUUAUUGCAGCUCACCUCGAUGCAUUUUUAUUUAUUGGAUUCAGAUACUACUGGGGCAUAUUUAAAGCUCCAUCUUUAAGUGUGUUUUGCCCAGGUGUUAUGCUGUGGCCCAUCUAACAGUGUUUUUCUGAUAAGAUAUUGAUGUGUUUUUUAACGCUACAUGGAUUACGUGUGCUGUGAUUUCCAUUUGUGACCUCAGUGGUGUCCCUUUACUCAAAAAGGCAUGAUCCAACCCGAUGCACUCCUUGCCUCUAAUAGAGAGGGGUCAAUCAGGUUUAAGAUGCACAAAAUCUUUUGUAGGUUAAAAAAAAAUGUGAUAUUGAACAACACAGCCCUGGUUUUCCAGAUCUUCAUUGAAGGAUUGGUCCUUGGUGGAUCUGGAAACCCAGAAAAGGAGCGGUUUUUGGUGACACAAAUUCCUUUGUGGCUAAUGUGGAUGUGAAAGACCUGCUAGUUGUACACAGACCUCUCUGAGGCAGUGCAGACAAAAAGCCAGACGUUUCCUCAUGCCUCUCUGAAGUUAUGAGGGAAAUAAUGCACAGUCUCAUGUACAGCUAAAUGUCUCAUGUUAAAUAAUAUUAAAGGUGACCUGACUUAACUGCAGUUUUUGAAGAAUCCUGCCCUCGUGUGUUACAAUUGAAUAAUGUAUUAAUUACUUGCUUGUCUAAGGCACUAAUGGACCAUAGCCUGUUUUUGACUGUAAAUUGUGCUUGUUAAAGUGAUGAAAGUGAUUAAUUUAAUACAUUUCUGACUGAAAUCA